UUCUUCAGACUAGAUACCAUGUGGUGUAUAAAUUUCAGGAACGUUUUGGUCGUUUCUUCGUAUUGAAUAGUCUGUAUUAAAAGGGUUUAAAUAGCAAAUAGUUUCAAACUAACAGAACCCUAAUACCAAUCUAUUUGAGAUGUUGAAAAACAUUUACAUUGGCGCAUUGGGUAUCGAACUCCAGACACCCGGAAUCUCAAACAACAGUGUAUAAGGAUUGUACAAACUGAUAUUUUUAUUUUUAUUUGGUAAUCUGAGGGUAAUCUUAAUGCCAAUGAAAUGAAAUCUUUAAAGCGAGAAGUUUGGCUAAGAACAUUGUUCUUGUUCAUGACAGCUCAAGAAUUGAUGAUUAAAAUGCGGCGAUAAAAAUUGUUAAAUACCUAAAUUAUAAGUUUACUCGUGUUUAGUUUGUAUCGCCGCUUCUUGGAAGUAGGCGGUAGAUUUAAUUUAAGUUUUUUUUUGACGUUAUAAAGUGUGAUGUACAUUGUAAAUUGGAUAAAUAAUAGAAUUUUGAAUUAAGUCGAAUUGUGGUGCUAAAAGACAGACAGAGAAGAAAGAUGUAUGGAGUGGUGGCCGGGCAGAAGGAGAGUCGUAGGAAGAGCAAGCCGCAGCAGCGGGAGCAGAAUGCAGAAGAAAAAGAGAAAGCCAAGAACCGCGGCCUUCGCGAGAAGCUGAUGGAGUAUGUGAAGAGACGACUGAACCCGCCUCCAGAGGAAGAAUAUGAAGAAUCCGAGUUCGGUUUGUCGCGGCACCGGCCCGAGCCGCUCGGCGCGCUCGCGCGCUCCACACGCUUCUCCAGGCACGAGAUCAAGCUCAUGUACCGCGGAUUCAAACAGGAAUGUCCAUCGGGCGUGGUGGACGAGGAAGCAUUCAAACACAUCUUCUGUCAGUUCUUCCCUCUUGGAGACGCGACGCAGUACGCGCACUAUGUGUUCAACACGAUGAAACACAAGCAGAGCGGGAAAGUCAACUUUGAGGAGUUCCUGGAGAUCCUGUCGCGCGUGGCGCGCGGCUCCGUGCAGGAGAAGCUGUCGUGGGUGUUCGCGCUGUACGACGUGGACGGCGACGGGCGCAUCUCGCGCGCGGAGAUGCACGCCGUGGUGCACGCCAUCUACGAGCUGCUGGGCCGCGCCGCGGCGCCGCCCGUGCACAGCGCCGCCGCCAAGGACCACGUCGACAGGAUAUUCACCCUGAUGGACACGAAUGCGGACGGCGUGGUGACGCCCGACGAGCUGGCGCGCUGGUGCAGCCGCGACCCCGCGCUGCUGCGCUCGCUGGACGCGCUCGACACCGUCUUGUGAUGCUCCGAGCGCCGCGCGCAGCCAAGCAGAUCAGACUCUGCCCGCGCCUCCUGCUCCACGGCUGCCGACGCGUGUUCCCCCCCGUCCUCGCCCCCCGCCACACCCGCCGCCCCCGCCGCGUCUACCUCACGCCCGCCUGUGCCCCCGCGAGCUACUGCCGAC